AAAAUUUUAUUCCUUUUAAAUUAAGUCAAUUUUUUUAACUGUAAUCUAGUGUAGUUCUUCAUUUGUUAUUGAUUUCCACAAUGCUCAGCAUCAACAACACGAAAUUAGCAGUAUGUAAAAUAACAACGCGACAAAUCAAUUACGUGAUUUAAAUUACAACCUGUCAACGUGUCUUAUACUUUUCGUGGUUUAGGAUUAGGUAAAAGCCAAUAGGUUAAAAAAAAGUACCGUGUAAGUGUAGACUACAUAAAUUAUACUACUCGCGAUCUUAUUACUUUUAAUGGCUAAAAAAAUAUCGUAUUUUGAUCAUAAUAGUGUCGGGUUUAAAGUUUUUGAGUGCUACGAUCUGGAUAAUUAUGACCAGACACCAAAAAGCUCGCGGGUCCAGAAGAAAUUGUUUGUUGACUCCAAUGACACGGUCUUGCAAGAAGUCUCCUGGAGUGAAGCGCGUUUUACAAACCGUACGUUUCAUAUAAAUAUUGAUGCCAAUAGCACCAAAACUCCUCCGAUGAUCAAGACGCCUUUUCAGCCGUUGGCUCCGACAAAACCGCGGCGAUUCACUGAUAAGACAGAGUUGAAGCCCAAAAAAUUGGUCUUCAAAGAUGUCGAAGAAUCUGAGUCAGACAUAGUAGACCUGUCCGUGAUUUAUGGGGCUAAAACUGGCGAAACAGUUCUUCAUGACCGGCAAUCAUCUUCUUUGAAACAACCAACAGCAGCAAUUAAUACAAACGAUUUGCGCAUUAAAGUUAAUCGGAAGAAUAUAAAUGACAACAAGGAAAACAAUAUGCAAUACCAUUACGCUUAUUUUGACGACAAAGAUUUAAGUGGAAACAAUAAAUGUGCAGUUAAAAAAGGAGCCUUGACCCAUAAGAAAAAUUCAAAUAAGCCUGGAGUCAUAAAGCAUUUAAGAGUAUAAUAAAGUUUUCUUUUUUUUUCGCGUGGUAUUCUCUGCUCUUCUCUAUCUCUGUUUAUUAAUUCGUUAGUUAUGGCUUAAUUAUUGGAAUACAGUUUCAAAACAAUUAAUUAAUUCUCAUAUAAUAAUUUGUUGAUGUAGUAAUACGUGACAAGUAGGUAUUGAAUUUCUACUGGACUUUAAUCGGAAAAUAAAUACUAUUCUCAGAUAAAAUCGUUUGUUUCAUUAUGUUAUGAUUGUUUUUAUUUUUUG